UGUGGUACGGGUGCCGCCUAAGCGUAUUUAUGGUGCCUGUACCUUUAUUGUGAGGAUCCAAAGCUCCGAUAGGUUAUUUUAGCACAGUUCCCGCGAAGACACCUGUGCAGCACGAGUGCGACAAAGCAAGAUACUUGGGGUUUGAGAGGAAGGUCAAUCGGGGACCGAAGACAUCUUGGUACAUUGAGGCUUAUUGAGGCUCUCAAUGCAGUAAUGACCAGGUAAACUUGGACCAAAGGCAAAGUAUGUGCCUCUCCAGCGAUCCGUUUCCACGACCAAUCCUCAAUAUAUGGGGCAUAAGACGAGAGUUUAAUACAGAGCACGAAAUAUUUAUGGCACAGUUACACAGUUUGGAGAAAGGCAGCCAGCCUCUCAACAUGCUCUCCACAUCCCUGGAUCUGGAGCAUUAUAAUCAACUGGAACAAAAUACACAACGAUAUCCGAACGUUGUGACUAUGUCAAAGAAUUCUGUCACAGAUCUGGGAGCCCAAGUAUCAGACAAUAUCAAUGGCUCCCAAAUAUUUGACAGUGGUGUUGUUGAAAUACAGAAACCAAAAGAGGCUCGUCCAGCAUUAAUCCGGACAGGAGUUUUUGUAGACACUGUGACUCCCUCAAACCCAACAGCUGUUGCCGCGUCAGAGACAAUAGGAAAUGGCCCUUCGGGAACUCCAGGACAGAAGUGCAGUUCAGAAGACUCUGAGGUGACAGGAAGUCCAUCGCCACCAGAUCUCCCCACCGGGCUCAAACUAGCAGUUUUGGUUUGCUGCGCCUGCAUGGCUAUCUUCGCACUAGCCCUUGACACAACAAUCAUUGUAACUGCCAUCCCUACGAUAACCCGCGAGUUCAAAUCUCUCAACGACAUUGGCUGGUACGGAUCAGCGUACUUCCUCACAACAUGUGCUUUUCAGCUUCUCUGGGGUCGUUUCUAUACCUUCUUCAAUUUGAAAUGGGCGUACAUCGGCGCCAUCAUCAUUUUCGAAACAGGAAACAUUGUGUCUGGCUCCGCGUCAACCUCCAUAGCGUUGAUACUCGGCAGAGCUGUUGCUGGCAUUGGGUCUGCAGGUAUUUUUACAGGAAGUUACAUAAUUAUCGGAUUCAGUGUCCCGCCUAGGCAUCGCCCUCGGUAUAUGGGGCUCCUCGGGAGUAUGUACGGUAUUGCCUCUGUUUGCGGGCCACUUAUAGGAGGAGCUCUGACGGACCAUGUCAGUUGGAGGUUUUGUUUUUAUAUAAAUAUUCCUCUGGGAACAGUUAUCGGAGCCGGGAUCUUUUUUUUCUUCCAUCCAACAAAUGCAAAUGCAGCCCUCCAAGCCCUGCCGACUCCUGUCAGGCUCGCAAAGUUAGAUGGAGUUGGAACUUCCAUCUUUGUUGCCUCGAUAGUGUGCCUGAUAACGGCCCUGCAAUGGGGUGGCACUGUUUAUCCCUGGGGAUCUCCUAGGAUCAUUGCGCUUCUCAUUCUAUUUGGGCUGACUCUCACAGCCUGGGUGUCCUACCAAUACUACAAAAACGAUAAUGCUACCGUACCAAGGCGGCUUAUCUCCCAGCGCUCCAUUGCCUUUGGAUCGCUUACUUCCUUCUUGAUGGGCGGCUCCAUGUUCAGUGUUUUUUUCUAUGUUUCCGUCUACUUCCAAGCCGUCCGUGGAACGUCCGCCACGACCUCGGGAUUAUAUUCACUCCCGACCAUCCUCGGAUUAACGUUUGGAAUGCUUAUAGCGGGCCAGCUCAGUAACAACGUCAACCGUUUUCCCCCAUUCAUGCUUUUCUCAGCCGUCACCGCCUCUAUAGGCGCCGGCCUAAUCACAACGCUGACACCAAACACCCCACUAAGCCACUGGUGCGGUUACCUCGCAUUAUUUGGUAUUGGCCAAGGCGUCGGAUGGCAGCAGCCCCUUUUACUGGCCCAAGUUUUCCUUCAAGAUGCCGACGUACCAACCGGGACGGCGCUAAUGUCAGGGAGCAAAGUGCUCGGUGGUGCGAUCCUCAUCCCGGUCUCGGCUUGCGUCUUCCACGCAUAUUUGGAACGGAGUCUACUGGAGUUACUUCCGGAUAUCAAUCCGAGUAUAAUUAUUAGGGCUGGGGCAGCGAAACUCAGGGAUGUGGUGGUUGAAAUUGCGAGGGGUGAUUCCGCGAGGGUAACUGAAUUGCUGGGACUGGUGGAAGAGUCUUACAACAGGGCUUGUAGGAGGGUAUUUAUUGGGGCUUUGGUGGUUAGUAGCUUGGCUGUGAUUGCCUCUGCGGGAGUAGAAUGGAAAGAAUUAAGUCUUAAAGAAAAGAAAGAUGUCGAAAAGGGGCAGGGUGUUAGGUUGCCGAAGCUGUGGAGGGGGACAACAAAAUCACGGGAUGGCUAAAGUAUGUUCUAAUCAAAUGAACGAAUCAUAAUGCGUUUCUGUGG